CAAGGAGCCACAGCAGCACCUUCACCUCCUAAUCGUCAUCCACCAGCACCAACGCAACCAACACCAACCACUAUGUCCGCCACUCGCCUAACUCGUGCACUUUUCUACGGAGCCGCCACCCUGAGGGGCGUCACAACAACCCAGGUAUUGGUGGGAAGCAAGCAAGAAAACACUGGUGUGUCAAGACUGAAGACUUGAUUCUCCCACCACCAGAUGAGGAGCGUAUGCAGCCGCUGUUCCUCAUGUUCCUCCUUAUGUAGCCAGAAGGGCGCCCAGCGAGACCUCAGCCUUACCGCCGCCGCCCGUCAGUUUGCCGCCCCACAAUUGAAGUCUCCAGUCAGCGGUGUGGUGUCCUCAAAACUGCGGAACGACAUACUGGAGGUGAAGUUUGGGGAUGGGACUGAGGGUCGACUGCCCUUCGUGUGGUUACGGGACAAUUGCCAGUGUCCUCAGUGCUUCAGCGUCGAGGCCCUGGGCAGAAAGCUCCUCCUGGAUGAUCUUGACAUUGAAAUUCAACCGACAGAAGUCCAGGAAAGUAUUGACGGGCUCAUAGUGAAAUGGAGUGAUGGCCACAAGAGUGAAUAUCCCACCAAAUGGCUUCAAAGCCGCUCCUUUAUGCCUGCCUCCCGUGCCAUUCAUAGAGAGAGAUACGCUCUCCGGAAGGAACCAUGGGGCGCUGAGCACACCAUGAGAGAUUUCGACUACAAUACGAUGAUGUCAGAUGACAGGGUGCUGCUGGACUGGCUACUGACUAUGGAGCGUAAGGGAUCAGCCAUGGUGAGGAACGCUCCUAAGAAAGACGUGGCAGGACCAGAGCUCAUCGAACAUAUCGCUUACGUCAAGCAGUCCCACUACGGGCCACACUCGCCCGUCAUCAAUCGUCCCAACACCAACAACGUGGCCUUCACCAACGCCAAGCUGGGCAUGCACAACGACCUGCCGCAGUACGAACACAUGCCCGGGAUCAUCUUCAUCCAAUGCGUGGCGCAGCACCCCGGCGCCGGCGGGGAGAGCAUCGUCACUGACGGACUGUUUGCCGCCGAGGAGCUGCGCAGGAACCACCCAGAGGACUUCAAGAUCCUCUCCUCCACCGACAUGUACUUCUGGGACAAGGGGCACGCCAACUACAGCUGGGAGAUGCCCGAGUUUUACAAGAUUGCAAAGUUCCCGGUCAUCAGAGUUAACGGCAACAACGAGGUGGUGCAGAUCGCCGUUAACAACGCCAUCCGCGACUCUCACAUGGAUCUUCCCCCACAGGAGGUCAAGAAAUACUACGCUGCCUACAAGCGCUUCCACAACAUACUGUACGCCAACGCCAUGACCUUCAAGAUGGAGCAGGGUGACAUGAUGACCCUGGACAACGUGCGGUGCCUGCACGGCCGUGAGGGCUACGAAGCCAACAGUGAGCGCCACAUCGAGUCCUCCUACCUCGACUGGGAUGAGGCUCGCUGCCGCCGACGCCGCCUUCAGGAGAAGUUUGGCUGCUUCUUUUAAGACUCGUAGAUUGCUGGUAUCGGGGACCACUAUUUGAUGUGUAUUGUUUCCAUGUUACUUGACGUUCCCAAAAGUUUCCAAUGGCAAGACCUUCGCUGCAGCAGCCACCAUGGACGGUGAACAAAGAUGUUUGUCCUUGAAGUAAGCUUGGCAAAUUGUACUUAAUGUUUUCCUUUCAUAGUUAUUUUGCUUUGCAUAUAGCGUUGCCGCAGAAAAAUGUUUAGUGCGUCAUGCUUCAUGAUAUAUCCUAUUACUUUUACUAUUGAAUGCAGUUGUGUACUUGUGUCACAUAUAGCAUGGUAUAAUUCUUAUUGGAUAACAUUAACAUUUUUCAUGUACAUUACAAAUCUAUUCAUCUAUAGGUUUCUGUUGUCAUAAAUCAUUUCAUUAUUCUAAGAGAUAUAUAUUAUCUAUUUUUUAACACCAUAUAAUACCAUAUGAUUCACAUGUCAUUCAUGAUUUUUUUCACAUUAUAUGUCUUCUUAUUACUCAUUAAUAAUGUUAGUUAUUUAUAACCAGUGUCAUAUUCAUAUUUCAUUGUGAUGUGUUUAGAUUCAUGUAGACUACUAACAAAGUAUAUUGGUCAUAUAACUCCAUGAAUGCAAGAGGGCACACUAUGCAACGGAAUUUAUAUUUUUUGAUAAAUAAACUACAUUACAUGAAA